AUGACCAAAGCACCCCAGAAUCCACUCCAGAUACCAGAGCUACGUGCCCAGGUUGCACGAUUCCUUGCCGUGGAGGACACCGUUGCAUGCGCGCAAGUUUGCAAGGCCUGGACAGACCACUUUGUGUAUCCUAUAUGGCACGCCAUCGACUUUGACGAGGAAAUGGAUCUCCACCAUCUCGGUCAAGACGCUCUUCGAAAAUAUGGACAGUACAUUCGCAUCGUCAAGAACCUUACAGAAGAGUCCGACCUGAGCAUCAUCCUCUGGUCACAGGCGUCCCAGCUGGAGCAUCUCACAGUGGUUGUGCAAGAUACGGCACGCUUCUAUGCAACGACAUUAUCCGCCGCAGCAGCACCACUCUCCUAUCCCUGGAUAUCUCCUGUCUGGCUUCCCCAGGGUCGUAUUUAUCGCUCGAAGCAUUCUAUCAGCGUCCCGGAACUGCAACAGCCUCGAAAUUGUCCUCACUCACCAUCAGUAGGCUGA